CCCCACCCCCUCCCGCGGCCGGCUGUCCGCUCCGUAUUAUGAUUAGCGCUGGGUGCGGGGACUCGGCAGCCGGGAGGGAGUCGUCGGCGCCGCGGCCGCUGCGGACGGACGGCCGCCUGCAGGCGGAGGAGAAAGAAACAACUAGCAAAGCAGUGAUAACAAGGAUCAUGCAACACGCAGCUUGUGCGAUGUCCAUGGCAACGUAGAAAAUGAAUUCCUUCUUGUUACCAGACUUUCUUUUAUGAGACGAUCCAUUUGAAGCAAUCUAAAUAUUUUUCCUUCUGUUGGACCAGCAUGGCAGGAUUCAAGCGAGGAUAUGAUGGAAAGAUUGCUGGGUUAUAUGAUCUGGAUAAAACCUUGGGGCGAGGCCAUUUUGCAGUGGUUAAACUUGCCAGGCAUGUCUUUACAGGUGAAAAAGUGGCAGUGAAAGUUAUUGACAAGACAAAAUUGGACACUCUAGCCACUGGUCAUCUUUUCCAAGAAGUGAGAUGCAUGAAACUAGUGCAGCAUCCCAACAUUGUACGUCUUUAUGAAGUUAUCGACACCCAGACUAAACUGUAUCUUAUUUUAGAACUUGGGGAUGGAGGAGAUAUGUUUGAUUAUAUAAUGAAACACGAGGAGGGCCUUAAUGAAGAGUUGGCCAAGAAGUACUUUGCACAGAUAGUUCAUGCUAUAUCUUAUUGCCAUAAACUCCACGUAGUUCACAGAGAUCUAAAACCAGAGAAUGUGGUCUUCUUUGAAAAACAAGGUCUUGUCAAGUUGACAGACUUUGGUUUCAGCAACAAAUUUCAACCAGGGAAGAAACUCACAACAAGCUGCGGAUCUCUUGCAUAUUCUGCUCCGGAAAUUCUGCUUGGAGACGAGUAUGAUGCCCCUGCAGUAGAUAUAUGGAGCCUGGGAGUGAUCCUGUUCAUGCUGGUAUGCGGGCAGCCACCCUUUCAAGAGGCCAAUGACAGUGAGACACUGACCAUGAUCAUGGAUUGCAAAUAUACAGUACCAUCCCAUGUGUCUAAAGAGUGCAAAGACUUGAUCACGCGGAUGCUGCAGAGAGACCCCAAGAGAAGAGCCUCCUUAGAAGAGAUUGAAAACCACCCUUGGCUUCAGGGCGUGGACCCUUCGCCUGCCACCAAGUAUAACAUCCCGCUAGUGUCCUACAAGAACCUCUCGGAGGAGGAGCACAACAGCAUCAUUCAGCGCAUGGUGCUCGGGGAUAUAGCCGACCGGGACGCCAUUGUCGAAGCCCUGGAGACAAACAGGUAUAACCACAUCACAGCCACUUACUUCUUGCUUGCUGAAAGGAUCCUGAGGGAAAAGCAAGAAAAAGAAAUACAAACCAGAUCUGCAAGCCCAAGCAAUAUCAAGGCCCAGUUUAGGCAGUCGUGGCCAACCAAAAUCGAUGUACCCCAGGACCUGGAGGAUGACCUCACGGCCACUCCUCUGUCCCACACGACCGUCCCUCAGUCUCCCGCUCGAGCGGCGGACAAUGUUCUCAACGGCCACCGGAGCAAAGGCCUGUGUGAGUCAGCCAAGAAGGACGAGCUCCCUGAGCUGGCGGGGCCCGCGCUCGCCAUGGUCCCCCCGGCAAGUCUGAAGCCGGCAGCCAGUGGCCGGAAGUGUCUGUUCCGCGUGGAGGAAGACGAGGAGGAGGAUGAGGAGGACAAGAAGCCCAUGUCCCUGUCUACGCAGGUGGUGCUGCGCCGGAAGCCCUCAGUGACCAACCGCCUGACGUCGAGGAAGAGCGCGCCUGUCCUCAACCAGAUUUUCGAGGAGGGGGAGUCAGACGACGAGUUCGACAUGGAUGAGAACCUGCCGCCCAAGCUGAGCCGGUUGAAGAUGAACAUCGCCUCGCCGGGCACCGUGCACAAGCGCUACCACCGGCGGAAAAGCCAGGGCCGGGGCUCCAGCUGCAGCAGCUCCGAGACCAGCGACGACGACUCCGAGAGCCGCCGGCGGCUCGACAAGGACGGUGGCUUCACCUACUCCUGGCACCGCCGGGACAGCAGCGAGGGGCCGCCGGGCAGCGAGGGCGACGGCGGGGGCCAAAGCAAGCCGGGCAACAGCAGUGCCGGGGCGGACAAGGCCAGCCCCAGCGAGAACAACGCGGGCGGGGGCAGCCCCUCCAGCGGCUCGGGCGGCAACCCCACGGGCACAUCGGGCACCACGCGCCGCUGUGCCGGGCCCCCCAACUCCAUGCAGCUGGCCUCGCGCAGCGCCGGGGAGCUGGUGCAGAGCCUCAAACUCAUGAGCCUGUGCCUGGGCUCUCAGCUGCACGGGGGCACCAAGUACAUCCUCGACCCCCAGAACGGCCUGUCGUUUUCCAGCGUGAAGGUCCAGGAGAAGUCCACCUGGAAAAUGUGCAUCAGCUCGGCGGGGGGCCCCGGGCAGGCCCCCACCGCCGUGGACCGGGUCAAGUUCUUCUCUGACCACGUGGCCAGCACCGCCGCCACCGAGCUGGAACGGCUCAAGAGCAGGAACCUGAAAAAUAACGUGCUGCAGCUACCUCUGUGUGAAAAGACCAUCUCUGUGAACAUCCAGCGGAACCCCAAGGAGGGACUGCUGUGCGCCUCCAGCCCAGCCAGCUGCUGCCACGUCAUCUGACCCCGGCCCCCGGCCUGCCCCCAGCACACUUCCUGCUCCAAGCCGAGAGGCCUGGCUCACUUCGCUGCUCCGUUCUGGGUUUUGCCGCCGUCAAGUGGGCGCGUUAGGAGCAAUUAUUUAUUUCGUUGUCAUUCGUUCGCCUGACGAUGUGACCAUGCAUGGUCUUUGUGCAUGCUGCUAGACUCCACUUUUUUUGUUGUUGUUGUUUUGUUUCUAUUUUGUUUUGUUUUUCCAGCCGAGAAAGGUCUUAUUGUGUCCUUCUUACAUUCAUAGUUUCCAUGUGGCUGAUCAGGAUUCAAUUAAAAUGUCAAUUUGGAACCCAACAUAAAUGGAGCACUUAGAAAUCUGAUGUCCUGCACUUAACCUAGAGCAAGGGCGUAGGGGGAUGCGGGGGGUGGGGGUAGAGAGUGGGGAAAACACGACAUACACAAAUAAACUUUUUUUUUUUUGAAAAAAUCUAAAUUCCCAUCCCAACCGUCUGUGAUAUGGAGCUCUGUGCCCAGAGGCACACUGUGCAGCCCGAGACCGAGCCAAAGCAAUAACGUCGUGAUGCCGACAGUGCUGGGAGCCUGGAGCGCCCCCAGCUCUCUGCUGCCCGCAGUGCAGAGUUCAGCAGGCGUCUGUCUGCACUGAGAACCUUAACCGUGAUCGCGGCAUCCCCACACCUGUGUGUCUUAAUGCUAUGGUGGGGAACAAAGUCGGGGGGGCUCUUGCAGCUUAAUUGAAAAAAGGUGGUCUUGUUUCGUAGUAGGUGAAAUUUAGAUGUGUAAGGAGCUUCCCCAGUGGCCGACCUGUUCCAAGCAGACAAUCUUCUUCCGUAAUGUGAUGCAGUGAACUGACGACAGUGUCUUAACUCUGCUCCUAGAAUGUGUGUCUCUGUAACAUAAUGGAAAGAUGCGUGCAGUGGAGAUGCCUUCCUGUAGGUGGUGGUGGUGGGGGGGUGUCUCCUGCAAAACAUGCAAAGAGAAGGCACAAGAUCUUGGGCUGAAGAUAAAACCGGAGUUGCACACAGAGGUUGGCCAACUCAGAAUCCCCAAGAUUAGGUGAAAAUUAGGGGGGUUCGACUUUCAGCUGUUGUCUCUUCUGUCAUUUCCAUUUUUUUUUUCAUGUGGUUAACUGUGAAAGUGGGCUGAUCAGCAGUAACAGAAAAACACAAAAAACACAUAAAAGGAGAAAAUUACACCUGCAAGCAAACAAAAAUCCGCAGUCUUUUUGUUUUUGUGUGUGUAUUGUUUUUUUCUAUGUUUGUCUUUUGCUGGAAGUCUUUUUCACUUUGCCUUCCUGCCAAAACAAUAAUCAAAGAACUCUUGCUUUAAAUGAUUCCUGUACAAAGACUACUUUUUGACCAGAUAAUCCUCUUUUGUGGUUAUUUUCUUUUUUCCCCUGUAGGACAUAGUCUAUUGCAGAUUGCUGGUUUGGAAAGCCAGUGUUUCCCAUGCUGUGCCUGGGGAUGAGCUACAGGGGCCUUCCCACACGCCUCAGUCUCCCUUUAGCCUCUGAAGUGACCGGGCACCCGGUCCAUCCAGUGGGCAGAGCACCAAAGGGCAGCAUUCCACUGGGCACGGUCUCUCCAAUUAACAGACUCUGCUACUUUAGGAUUCAUGCAUUUUACUCAGAAUUCUGAACUUCACAGUAUACUUGAUUCAAAAAGCUAAGUGGAGAUGAUACUUAAAAUACUUACUUUACUUUCUAGACCUAAGCUAGAUAUGUUUUAAGCUACAGCUCUAGUUCAUUGUGAUACUUAUAUCUGAAAGCUACGAGAAUAGAUGUGUGGUGAAGCCAUAGAACAUAUUUUGCUUGAACUUUUUGAGCAGGGAUCUUAUAAAGGGCCAGAAAUAAGAUGUGUGGUUCACGUAGAUAGUGAGCGUAACAUCUGUAUUAACUGUAGGAGAGAAGUUUAUAAAGGGCAUUGGCAAUAAACUCUUUGUUGCAGCUGUUUUCCAAGUAAUGUAAAUACUUUUUCCUGUGAUUAUGUAUAGCCUUGGAAUGGCACCUUUUAACUAACCCAUAUGUGUUUGGUUUUCAAAUUCAGUUUUUUAUAUUCAGAUGUAUAUAUGGUGCUCACUUUAGGAUCAGCAGUGUUGACCAUUUAUGCUGCAUAGCUGUAUUAUAGCCUUAUUAGUUGUGUGUGGUUGGUUGACCCUCUGGGAAUACAGAUGUUAGUCUGAGUGGCGUCUUACUCAUUUGUUCAUUAAGUGAAUGAUUGUGCAUGUGUUGUAUGUCAUAGUAUGUUGUCAGUUAAAAGGGAGGGAGCAAAUAACCAUUACAUUAAGAUAAUAUUGGACCAAACUACUUACUUGCUCUAAACAGUUUCUUGUACCCCUUAACCUGUCUUCAGAAGUUGCAUAUAGUUACAGUAGUGUGUAAAUUAAAUAUUGUGGGAAAACAAUUAGUCUUGUAUUUUUCUGUAUGUGUGUAUAUAUAUAUACAUAUACAUGUGUGUAUAUAUAUAUAUAAAAUAUAUAUAUAUAUAAUUAUGUACUUCUGGCAGUUCUAUCUGUAUUUAAAGAUGUGACAAUCUUGACACCAAUUUUAAGAAUAGCCUGAGACUGAAUCAGAUUUAAGCUAUCCCUACCAAGUAAGAAUCGAAAUAUGUUAAGAGGGUACAGAAUUACCAGCUGAUUUGGUUCAGUUGCUUCCACUGUUGGUUGAUUUUCCUCAUGUGUAAACAUUGACAGGUAUGCGACAAAUGGGAAAAAAAAAAUCCAAAUAAUAAAGAACAUAUUGGUGUUCAGCAAUAUAAA